UUCAAGACAGCAUUUUCCCUUCAUCGCCGGCAGCACCACCGCCUCAAUAUAAAGGACCAUGGCUUCUCCAAUCCUCUUGACAUGAUUAUUCAAUACGCUUCUUUCUCUUUUCCCCCACAAAUUGAGAUAAAGAACUGAUAUCUAGAUUUUAUCCAUGAAAAUCUUAGAUUUUCAUAUUCUUACAACAUCAUAGGCCUAUGCUAACUCAUUCAUAUGAAAUCCCAACACGCUGUUUAUGAUAUAUUAACCCUUUUGAGUUGACUUCGUUUCUGUUGUCAUUCCCAGAUUGCAAUAAUCUUUUCUUUGGUCAUGAACGUAAUUGCCCUUACUCGCAAUUUCACAAUGAAAUUCUCUCGUAGGAUUCUCAUUGGUUCCAGGAAUUCGUCGUUUUUUGGGUUCCCAACUUCAAAAUGUCACCAUACUCUUGCUCUGGCUAACAAUUGGCUGAAACAUCGUUUCAAUAUUGACCAUAGCAAUCACUACCCUUUUCGAAUAUUGGGGUUUCAGAGCAUAACAGGUGGUGCCCAGAAAGUUUUUGACUUACCCUCUUCGAAUUCUGGCCUUUACAGGGUAUUAUCAAGGUCUUUUAGCUCCACCAUAGCCGGAGUUGCCUUCAAGGUUCGAAAUUUCUCAACCUCUGUUGAGACCCGUGUCAAUGACAACAAUUUUGAGAGUUUUUACAUACAGGGUGGCAUGAAUGUUAAGCCAUUGGUGGUGGAAAGUAUUCAUAAGGAUGAUGAGAAAGUUGUAGGAGAAGAAGAGUUCGGGUUAGGAGUUGGAGCUGAAGAUGUUAGCACAGAGAAUAAAGAUGGUGGUGUGAAUGUGACACUGGUCAAGACCAGAGGCGAAGAUACAGAUGUUGAAAAACAAGCAUGGAAGUUGCUACAAGGAGCUGUUGUGACUUAUUGUGGUAGCCCCGUGGGGACAGUGGCUGCAAAUGAUCCAGGUGAUAAGUCACCCUUGAAUUAUGAUCAAGUCUUUAUUCGGGAUUUUGUCCCUUCAGCUCUUGCCUUCUUGCUUAGAGGAGAAAACGAGAUUGUUAAGAACUUUCUUCUUCACACCUUGCAAUUGCAGAGCUGGGAGAAAACAGUGGACUGCUACAGUCCCGGGCAGGGCUUAAUGCCUGCUAGUUUCAAAGUUAGAACUGUAGUUCUUGAUGAAGAUAAUCAUGAAGAAGUUCUAGAUCCUGAUUUUGGGGAAUCAGCCAUUGGUCGUGUUGCACCUGUAGAUUCAGGAUUAUGGUGGAUCAUCCUGUUGCGGGCUUAUGGGAAGCUCACUGGUGACUACAGUUUGCAAGAAAGGGUGGAUGUUCAAACAGGCUUAAAAAUGAUCCUUAAUUUGUGUUUAACUGAUGGUUUCGAUAUGUUUCCUUCUCUGCUAGUCACUGAUGGGUCUUGCAUGAUAGACAGGCGGAUGGGCAUUCAUGGUCACCCCCUUGAGAUCCAAGCAUUAUUUUACUCAGCUCUUCGCUGCUCGCGUGAGAUGCUUGCUGUAACUGAUGGAACCAAUAAUCUGAUUAGAGCCAUCAACAACAGACUCAGUGCACUGUCAUUCCACAUUAGAGAAUAUUAUUGGGUCGAUAUGAAAAAGUUGAAUGAAAUAUACAGGUAUAAAACAGAAGAGUACUCCAUGGAUGCCAUUAACAAAUUCAACAUAUAUCCAGAACAAAUUCCUUCGUGGGUAAUGGAUUGGAUUCCAGAAGAAGGUGGAUAUCUGAUUGGGAAUCUGCAACCAGCUCACAUGGAUUUCAGGUUUUUCACUCUUGGAAAUCUUUGGUCUAUUGUUUCAUCUUUGGGUACCCCAAGACAGAAUAAGGCUAUUUUAAAUCUGAUAGAAGCAAAAUGGGAUGAUCUUGUGGGCCAUAUGCCUCUCAAGAUAUGUUAUCCUGCCUUGGAUAAUGAAGAGUGGCGCAUAAUUACUGGCAGCGACCCAAAGAAUACGCCUUGGUCAUAUCACAAUGGUGGAUCUUGGCCAACCCUUCUCUGGCAGUUCACGCUGGCAUGCAUCAAAAUGGGGAGAAUUGAACUAGCUCUGAAAGCAGUUGCUUUGGCUGAGAAAAGGUUACCACUAGAUUCUUGGCCUGAAUACUAUGAUACACGUACUGGAAAAUUUAUUGGAAAACAAGCUCGGCUGUAUCAAACAUGGACAGUAGCUGGUUUCCUUACAUCCAAGAUGCUUUUGAAGAAUCCUGAAAUGGCAUCCAUGUUGUUCUGUGAGGAGGAUUAUGAGCUUCUUGAUAUAUGUGUCUGUGGACUUAGCAAGAGGGGAAGGAAAAAGUGCUCUCGUGGUGCUGCCAAGUCUCAGAUUCUUGUGUGAUGAGACUCUGCUUUAUUUGGAAGCACAAUGCCUACUGUACAUGAAUUAGUUCAGGGUUUAAUUAAUACGCAAUUGGUAGGAUAAAGUAAAAAUUAAGUUGGAUAAUUAACAACAUUUUACAAGUGAAAUGUUAUAUUUACAAAUUUUUGUUUACAAACUCUUACAAAUUAUAUUAUGUUUGACCGGUAAUAUACUCUUGAGUAGAGAGUAUUACCGGUCACGUAUAAUUUAGUUUGUAAGUUUGUGAAAAAAAUGUUUGUCAAUAUAACCCUACUUAUGUUACAAUAGUAUGCAAUUGAGAGGGCAAUUCUCACUUUGUUUUUUAGUUACAAGGAUGACGCAGGCUUUUUAAACUUCUGACUUGUUACAAAUUAUAGUCUCCUUACCUAUUGGUUAGUUGAUACUUAGGAUUUUA